UAUGAUUUUCUCUAUUAACUCUAUAUACUCUUCCGUCAAACCCACCGUGAGGGUUUAACACACUCACGAACCCAUGAGCGAGCGGGACCGCCAGAGAGCUCGCGAAAGGGAGCGCGACCGCGACCGUGACCGCGACCGUGACCGAGAUAGAGAGAGGCGCCGAGAUAAGGAAGACCGGGAAAGGGACAGAGACCCUGAGCGGACGCGGAACAAGCGUUCCCGAUCCCGUACUCGCUCUCCGGACCGCAGCAGGUCUCGUCACACCCGCUCACGCACGCGCUCCCCGGAUCACCGUUCCCACCGCCGCAAUCACCACCGUGACUCUCUGUCCCCUUCGCCACAAGCGAAGCGCCACCGCCGCGACCAUGACGAUGAGAAGGGCCAUCAGAAGGCAGUGGCAGAUUUUGUGGAUGGGAUCGCCAAGGAGCAGCUGGAGAAGAAGGAAAACAAUUCUGGUGGUUUCGGGGAGGGAAUAGAGGGAGGCGGUGACGAGGACGAGAUUGAGAGGAUGGAGAAGCUAGGGAUUCCUGUUCGUUUUGACUCAACAAAGGGGAAGCCUGUGCCUGGUGCUGAUGUAAGUGGUGUCAGAGCCGUGACAAAGCGGCAGCCCAGACAGUACAUGAAUCGAAGGGGCGGUUUUAACAGGCCCUUGGAGGCGGAGCGGAAUCGGUAGAUUUUGCUUGUUCUCAGCGAGGCAGACACAGCAUUUCUAGCAUCAAGUUCAAGGGGUGUUAGCAUGGUUGCUUGAAGCCAUAGGACUGUAAUGAUGGAACUGUUUGUUUGAAGUUUUGUAUGGUUCCUCUUGAGAUCUCAAGUUACUUGAUGAUGAAAUAUUUCAACUGGUAUGUUGUAUCUGAUUUUUCUAGCUGCUAAUUGUGAUUAGAAUGACUGCAUUUUGCUGCAGCCCCCUUGUGUUGAUUAGAAGUCGUCAUUGAGAUUGUCGUUGAAUCA